ACUUUUCCCUCACAGAAUUUGGAGCAGGAAGCCCCAGAGCAUAUAAAAGAGUCGGACCCGGCUGAGAGCUGGCCUGACCAGGGCGUUGUGCAGUUUGACCGUUACCAGAUGCGCUACAGGGAGAGCCUGCCCUUGGUGCUGAAGGACGUUCAGUGCAACAUCCGGCCCAGAGAGUCGGUGGGAAUUGUGGGUAGAACGGGAUCGGGCAAGUCAUCGCUGGGCGUUGCUUUGUUCCGAUUGGUGGAGCCGACGGACGGGACCAUCUUGAUCGACGGGGUGGACAUCUGCAAGAUCGGUCUGCAGUCCCUCCGCAGCAAACUCUCCAUCAUCCCGCAGGAUCCGGUCUUAUUUGUGGGAACUGUCAGGUAUAAUCUGGACCCGUUCAAUCAGUACAAGGAUCCAGACCUAUGGCGUGCGCUAGAGAGGACCUACAUGAAGGAUGCGAUAUCGGGGCUCGAGAAACAGUUAGAGGCUCCUGUGGUAGAAAACGGUGAAAACUUCUCAGUGGGUGAACGUCAGCUCAUCUGUAUGGCCAGGGCCCUGCUCAGGAACAGCAAGAUCAUUCUACUUGACGAGGCAACAGCGGCCAUCGACUCAGAAACAGACAGCCUGAUACAGAAGACCAUCCACGAGGCCUUCACAGACUGCACCAUGUUGACCAUAGCUCAUCGGCUCAACACCGUGCUGAACAGCGACCGUAUUAUGGUCAUGGAGGAUGGAAAGCUGGUGGAAUUUGACACCCCAGCGGUUCUCAUGUCCGACCCCAACUCACGCUUCAGUGCUAUGAUGGCGGCCGCCGGAAGUGACGUCAACAAAUACCUCACAAACAACCCUCUACCGGAUGUAGAAGAAGCAGACGAGGAAGAGGAUACGAAGUUGUAG